AUGCAGCUCUCUCUGUUCGUCGGCACUCUCUUCGCCACCUUGAUCACUGCCAUGCCGGCACCUAACACCGAGACCCAAUGUCUGAAUGAAUUUGCCACCUGCGAGGUCCACGCCCCCCACUCCAGUCCUCACCAAUGCUGCAUUGGCAACAUGGUCUGUGAGCCGUGGGGUGGCUUCAAGUCCAACAGCACAAUGGGAACUUGCAUCAAGCAGAAUGAUAUUUAA